UUCCCUGGUUACACAUUGCCAGCUAGUCUCCGAGUUCAACUUGACUAGAACGAACGUUACCAGCGAUUUCUGUGUUAGCAAACGAACUUUUUUUAGUAGAACCCUGCGGUAGUUAAACGAAUUUUUUGUUUAUAAAUUACAUUGAGUAAAGGAAAAAUUAUAAACAAAUGCAUAUUAUAAUAAUAUAAAUAUCAAAUCUACUCACAUAGUUUAUAAAAUAAAAAUUUCGAAGUAAAUAAUAAGUUAAAAAUAAUUAAAUAAAAUAUAAACGUCAAAAAAUGCAACAGACACGCUCACAGCAACGACCGCCAACGAGUCACUCUUUACAGACGCAGGAUGGUGGCUUGAGUCCUAAGAAAACAGCUGUCAUAAUUGUGACUGUGGUGGGCUGCAUCGCCAUACUUUGGCCAAAAGUAUUCUAUCCAAUGAUGUUCGGUGGCAGUGCGCCAGCGAAAAUUGGCAAUUUAAAGGAUCAACGCGGUCCGGGCGGCUGUUGUGAUGUUGUUGUUGAUAGAGAAAAGUUUCUAAAUGAGACUCCAACAGAAAUUGGUCCACAGUUGUAUCGCAAGCAACUGAAUUUAUAUACCGGAGAGAUGAAUUUUCAUCCAGGCUUACGGCAAGAACGUCCAGCGCACUUGCAUCCCGAAUCCAUCUAUCAGGCUAUGCGUGAACGUGGACGAGCGAUACCAGCAACCACACCAACAGUGCCGAUUUUAGAGCGCAAAGGAUCACCAAGUAAUCCACCGCCACGCAUCGUUGAUGGUCGUCCUGGUCCAAUACCUGGUAUGCGUCCACCCAUGGGCGCCGGCUCAAUGCAUCAACCUCAAGCACGUGCUGGCAAUAGCAUGGGCUUCAUAAUGCCACUUUACACCAUUGGCAUAAUAGUCUUCUUCGGUUAUACUAUCAUGAAGAUAGCUUUCAAGAAGCCUACUACGAAUGCGCCCUAUGGUCCCACGCCUAGUGAUCCCAAUUUUAGAAAGGAUGUGUUUGGACAAGAAAACGGUACACAUGUCGAGGAACUGAAUGGUUCCAAAAUAGGGUGGCGAGAGCAUCAAGCAAGGUCGAGACCACACGAACACAGCAGCGGCAGUUGUGGUGGUGGUGUUGGUGCGAGUGCUGGGAAUGGUAGUGAACUUUACAAUGCCAGUUUGGCAACUGCUUCUGCAGCUUCAAUUCUUUCUACACAACUGAAACAACACAGCCAUGGCAUACCAACUGCCAGCGCUUUCGGUGGUAAUUUGACGGCUGGAUUCAACAAGGAAACCGAACAAUUAAUGGAAAUUGAGAAGUUACGCAAAAAACUUGAGGAUACCGAAAAGGCGAUGGCCAAGUUGAUCGCCGAAAUGAAUUCAGAUCAAUACGAAGCUAAGAAACCAAGCGAAACUUCGACAUCGAACUUUGGAGACAUUUCCAAUGGGCAUACAAAGGCUGAGCAUGAACAAGAGCAACAUAAUGACGAUAACAACAUAAAUCAAGUUAAAAGCGAACGGAAAAACGGAGUUGAUAGUGAAACCCCCUCUAGUGCGGCUGGCGAGCAAGAGCAGGAAGUGCAGAGUCCGAUUAGUAAAAGCAUUGAUGGUCCGACAGAAAAGGAUAACCAACAACGAAAGAAACGAGAUGGCAGUGUUGAUCGAUCAGUGGCGGUUCUUGGAAUGGAGGUAACAGCAAGUUGUGAGGGUGGCCAAAAAUGGACAGGACGCCCUCCAACGCCUGUUUUCUUUUCACACCAUGAACAUUCCAAUCACAAAGAUGAGGAUGACAAGCCGGAACCUCAAUCCAUUUAUUUGGAGGGUGCCUUGGCACACGAUUCACAAAUUUUGGUCGCCGAUUCGGAAACGAAAACAGAAGAAGUUUACGACAAAGAAUUCAAUGGUUCUCUGGAAGAGCCAGCGGUUGUGCUUAGCAGUAAAAUGACAUUAUCGCUAAUUAAUUUGGAUGCAAAUAAUAGUGAUGAGAAAAAUGAAUCAGAAAUCGAAAGUCCCUUGGCUGAUGAUAUCGAGAUAAUUGGCGAUGAUGAGAAAUAAAGGAAGAAAAACAAUAGAAAAUGGCGCAUUGCAUAACUCCCGUUAAAAACUAUUCAAAAUCGUAAAAGAACUUGUCCGAAAAACCAUUCGACAAUUCAAAAAACAAUUUUCAAGCAGUUGAUAUUACGAAAUCAGGGAGUAAUUUAUGCAAAGACCGUAAAAUUUACAUAAUGACUGAAUUAGUGUUUGCGUAAGCAAAAGUAACGUUAAAAAUAACGGAAUUAUGUAUAUACGAUACGUAUAAUACUAAUGUAAAUUUACUUAUUGUGUAAAUGUUAAGAAGAAAAUGAAGAAGAACUUGUACUUCCGUUGUAUGGAAACUCUGUUGUCAAUAAUACCUAAUAUCGUUCCUCUCUGUCUCUCUUUUCUUAUUUAUGUAUAUUUGUUUUAUAAAAAUGCAUUUUUCUGACUAACUUUAUUAAUUCUAUAUUUUACAUUAUUUUUUUAAUUAUUUACAUAUGUGCUUUAUGUAUUUGCUCGUAUAUGUGUAUGCUCAAAAUAAUUUGUAUGCCAAAUAUUAUUAUUAAACAAAUUUAAUUUUUUCGUUUAAUAUAUUCUCACAAAAAUGUUGCGGAGUAUAUUUUUUUUUAAAUCAUACAUACGAUUGAGUUUCAUUACUUAAUUUAAAUUCAAUUUUAAAUAUUGUAUAAGAAAUAUGAACGUAAAACUAGUCUUCAUUGUGUAAAAUAAAAUGAAACACACAUUUAUAGCUUCUAAAAAUGGCUAAUUUAAUAUAAUUAUAUAUGUAUUGAAACAUGUGUAUGUAUUAAUUUCAAAAAUCUUUUAAUAACAUAACGUAUUAUCAAUAAAUGAUAUGUCCCCAAACUGUGUGAGUUUUGAAAAUAUUGGGAUUUAAAAAGCCAAAUAAAGUAGAAUUAGUAACAUUAAAUGAA